AUGGAGAUGGGUAGCCGCCAGCAGCUUGGGGUGUUGGCCCAGCCCCAGCCCUGGUGGAAGAUCCAGCUAUUUGUAUGGGAGCCAGUGCUGUUUGGGACCUGGGAUGGUGUAUUCACAUCAUGCAUGAUCAACAUUUUUGGGGUUGUGCUUUUCUUGAGGACUGGCUGGCUGGUGGGAAACACAGGAGUGCUCGUGGGCAUGUUUCUGGUGUCCUUCGUGGUCCUGGUGGCCCUCGUCACCGUGCUGUCUGGCAUCGGUGUUGGGGAGCAUGGUGGUGUGGGCAGUGGCGGCGUCUACUCCAUGAUCUCCUCCGUGCUCGGCGGGCAGACGGGAGGCACGAUUGGGCUGCUCUACGUGUUCGGACAGUGUGUUGCAGGUGCCAUGUAUAUCACCGGCUUUGCUGAAUCCAUCUCAGAUUUGCUGGGCCUCGGGAAUAUCUGGGCUGUGCGAGGAAUUUCAGUUGUGGUGCUUCUGGCCUUGCUGGGGAUUAACCUAGCAGGUGUCAAAUGGAUAAUCCGCCUCCAACUGCUGCUGCUGUUCCUGCUGGCCGUGUCCACGCUGGACUUCGUGGUGGGCUCUUUCACCCACCUGGACCCAGAACACGGUUUUAUUGGCUAUUCGCCGGAACUGCUGCGGAACAACACUCUGCCAGAUUACAGCCCUGGGGAGUCUUUUUUCACUGUUUUUGGAGUUUUCUUCCCGGCAGCUACAGGAGUCAUGGCCGGCUUCAACAUGGGGGGCGACCUCAGAGAGCCCUCCACCAGCAUCCCCCUGGGCUCCCUAGCAGCUGUUGGCAUCUCGUGGUUUUUGUACAUUGUCUUCGUCUUCCUGCUUGGCGCCAUCUGCACCCGCGAGGCCCUUCGCUAUGACUUCCUGAUAGCUGAAAAGGUGUCCCUUGUGGGCUUCCUGUUCCUUUUGGGCUUGUACAUCUCCUCCCUGGCCUCCUGCAUGGGUGGUCUCUACGGAGCACCCCGGAUCCUGCAGUGCAUUGCCCAGGAGAAAGUGAUCCCUGCACUUGCCUGUCUGGGGAAAGGGAAAGGGCCAAAUAAAACACCGAUAGCUGCCAUCUGCUUGACCAGCUUGGUGACCAUGGCCUUUCUUCUGGUGGGUCAGGUGAAUGUUCUGGCCCCCAUCGUCACCAUCAACUUCAUGCUGACUUACGUCGCUGUGGACUACUCUUAUUUCUCUCUGUCCAUGGGUCCCUGCAGGAUCCCCCAGGGGCCUAAGCCAGCGCUCAGGGAAGACCCAGAAGCUCUCCACUGCUCUGAACGCCUGCUCGUGGGGAGAACGCCCAGCUAUGGUUCUGAGGGCCCUGCCCAAAGUGUCUUGGAGGGCACGCUGCUAGAAUUCACCAAGGACAUGGACCAGCUCCUCCAGCUAACCAGGAAGCUUGAGAAUAGCCAGCCCAGGCAAGGAGAGGGUGGCAGGAUCCCAGAGAGACAGAAGAGGAAACACAAGAAGGCCACCAAGCAAACCCUGCAAGAUAGUUUUCUCCUGGACCUCCAAUCCCCUGAUACCUUCCCUACUGAGAGCUCUGACAGAUUACCCACUGCCUCCCAGGAGGGACAGGAGUCCUCCUGGAAUGAGCAGACUUCUAGGAGUAAAGGGAUUCAACCUGAGGGGACAUAUGGAGAACAACGUGUCCCUAAGCUGGGUAACCAGUCUGAGCCGAGUGGAGAAGAUUUCUUCCUGAAGUCUAGGCUCCAGGAACAAGAUGUCCACAGGAGACCAACUUCUUUCUACACGUAUAUAUGUAACCCUUGGGUCUCCCUGUUGGGGGCUGUUGGGUCCCUUCUCAUCAUGUUUGUGAUCCAGUGGGUCUAUACCCUGGUUAACAUGGGUGUUGCUGCCAUUGUGUAUUUCUACAUUGGCCGGGCCAGUCCAGGACUUCACCUAGGAUCAGCCUCCAACUUCAGCUUUUUCCGGUGGAUGAGGUCUCUUCUGAUCCCCUCCUGCAGGAGCUUACAGUCCCCCCAGGAACAGAUAAUUUUGGCACUAUCCCUGGCUAGGGUUGACAUGGAGAUGACUCAGCUCACCCAGGAGAAUGCAGACUUUGCCACUCGGGACCGCUACCACCAUUCCUCCUUCGUGAGUCGCGAACAGCUGAUGCCUCAGUACUAGAGAGCAGCCCUGGGACCUUCCUCUUUUGGCGUUGUCCUGCGCACAGUGGACUCAAGCCCUGGAACCGUCAUGGAACUGCUUUUCCUCAAUAAGAAACUCAUAGUCCAUCCUCCAGCUGCUGCUUUGGACAAUGGAAAUCCGUGUUCCGGUCUAGAGUACUAUGCCCAGCCCCGGUAACGUCAGGAAUGGCAGUGGCCUCCGCAGCACCAUGCCCGGUCUGAAGAGUUCCCCGUCGAACAGCGGGACCAUCAGAUGUGGAGAAGCAGAAGCAGAUUGCUUGU